AUGACAGCAAGGAAGGUGCGACUACAAAGGACCUACAAGUCCAAGAACCACCAGUCACGGAGGCAGGAGGAUAUUAUCUGCCGCUACGUACUUCCGACUCGUUUCGAAAGCGGCGGCGUCCGCAGGCAGAAUUUGUACCGUCCUCUUCUGCAGAUGAUGCUCUGCUGGAUGAUGCGACCACGGGCCGUCGGCGUCCCGCGCAUGUCGCUCAGAUGCGGGAUGAUUUGCGUCCGCGGAGCUUGGAAGGGACACGAGCAGCAGUCAUGCCGCGGCCAAACGACACUGCGUGUGGCAGCGGGUGUGCCCAGGAUGCUACAGCAAGGAUCUUCAGCCUUAGUGAGGAGACGAGACUCGCGCGGAUGCGCGCCAUCCAAAGUGAGAUCGAGUUUUCGUGGACGCAAUACUGGCGUAAUACUGGACGGAAUACUGGCGUUGCUAGCACUCAACACCGUGCUCGUCGGUACGCAUUUUGACGCAGACCCCGGAGAGUCGUCCGCCACAAGAGAGGGCAACGAGCUGGAUCAUUUUCUAACUAAUGGCCGCUUCUUAUCAAAAUUCAGAAGCUACCGCAGAUUCGAUCCGAAUGGAUUGGCGCAGACCGGAGAGCCAGCAGCGCCAAAGCGUCUGGACCAUAAGGCGCUGGAGGUGCAGGUAGAUGUGAAGGGGCAUGCACAGAUGCGGCGGGAAGGACUUCAGCGGCAGGCAAAUUCCAAGGAGUUUACGUUGGAACCCGAUCCGAAGACCGUAGCAAAGUUCAAUCUCGAGCUGCAGGCAGAAAUUGAGCAGAAUCCAGCGGAGUUUGGAAUGGAGAAGUUUCAGAGUUUCCUCGUGAAGCGCGCGCCCUGGUUUCUGGUCAAGAAACAGAAAAAAGGCCCAGCUGCAGCAGAUCCAGACUCUUUAGUGGAAAAUGCGAAGACCCGGGCGGAAUUUUGGGAGCAUUGCCGAGAACAAAAGGCGUCCAAGGCGGACAAAACGUGCGCAAUCACACCGAAGCAAGUCGAGAUCCAGAUGAAGUCAGUGGGAUCGUCGCCAACAGUACCGAACGGCCAGGCGCUGGACAUCGAGCAGCAUAUCCCCAGAUUGGUAGAUCGCUUGUCAGCCGAAACACUGGAGAAAUUAGAUGCGCCAAUCGAGCCGGACGAGUUGGCCACCGCGGCGAAGCAACUAAGAAAAGGAGGCCGGGCGAAAGAUGCAAGCGGACUAACAGCAGGCGUUUUGCGAUAUGUCGACGAGAAAUCGCUGGCCUUGUUGACAGACUGCAUCAACAACGAGAUCAGGGGCAAGAACCUGAAAGAGCUGGGGAGAGCAGUGCACUUAUGCAGGUCGUCGCCAUUGUUCAAGGGCAGAGGAAGUCCAGAGGAUGUCGACAAUUAUCGGUUCAUAAUUGUAUCCCCGCUCAUUCAUAAGCUGGUUUGCAAAGUGUUUGUCACGCGGUUGUAUGAGGAGUUGGAGAAGCAGAAUUUUUUCCCUGAGUCGCAGUAUGGAUUUCGACGCGGGAUGGGCUGCCACGAAUCGCUUACCGUCUUCCACAAACUCAAGAGCGACUUUGUCCACUACCAGCACGGUGAUGGAGAAAAGUCAACUGGGCAUCUUAUGCCGAUACUAAUCGAUCUCAGGAAAGCUUUUCCAUCGAUCGACUGGCGCUGUGUAUCGGCAACGAUGAAGCAGCUAGGGCUAGAAGAAUCCGCACUCUGGAAAGUAAUGGACUCGAGCCACAGGAAUGCGACCUACAAUCUCGGAGGGGACGACUUUACGCUGGAGCACGGCUGUAAAGAAGGAUGCGUGACGUCGCCGCUAUUGUUUUUACUAGCGUAUACGGUUGUAAUGCGGCGCUUCCUUGAAAUUCACGAAGCAAAGACGGCGGCGGCAAUGGUGAACAGAAGGCCAGUGGCGCAGCGGCUCGGGGUCAAUUUAGUCACGAAGCCGAGGGGGAUAGCGUGGAAGCGAGAAGAGAGAAUCUGGGACCUGUUGCUAAACCAAAACCAGCCCGGAAAUUUUACGGCCUUCACAUCUCUGAGGAGUUUGCUCUUUGCGGACGACACGACGCUACUCACCCAGAUGGCCACGAAAGCAAUCGGGGAAAUUGAAAAAACGGACAAGGAAAAUGGCGAAAAGAAACCACCGGUCCCGCCGAUUGUUUGA